AUGGAGGACCCCUCAUCAAACAAAUCCACCAUCAACAACCCAGCAGAUAUCUGUGUCAUUGUUGGAUAUUUCAUCAUGGUUAUUGGCGUUGGCAUUUGGUCCAUGUUUCGGUCCAAUCGUGAGACAGUUGGAGGAUAUUUCCUGGCUGGGCGCACCAUGACCUGGUGGCCGGUUGGUGCAUCUUUGUUUGCCAGCAACAUCGGUAGUGGACACUUUGUGGGCUUGGCUGGUACUGCAGCAGCCAGUGGCAUCGCUGUGGGAGGGUUUGAGUGGAUUGCUCUGUUCAUUGUGCUGCUGCUCGGCUGGUUGUUUGUACCCGUGUAUCUCACAGCUGGGGUGAUCACGAUGCCUCAGUACCUGAAGAAGAGGUUUGGAGGGACCAGGAUCAGCCUCUACCUCUCUGUCAUCUCUCUGUUUCUCUACAUUUUCACCAAGAUCUCAGUGGAUAUGUUUGCAGGAGCUGUGUUCAUCCAGCAGGCUUUAGGCUGGAAUAUCUAUGUGGCUGUGAUCAGCCUUUUGAGUAUAACAGCCUUGUACACAGUCACAGGUGGCCUGGCUGCUCUGAUGUACACCGACACAGUUCAGACAUUUGUCAUCAUAGCCGGAGCCUUCGUCCUCUGUGGCUUCUCUUUCGCUGAAGUAGGCGGCUACAAUGCUCUGCUGGACAAAUACAGCUCUGCAUUAGCGAGUAAUGUCUCCUCCCUGAAUCCACUAAACUACAGCAUCCCAUCCCACUGCUACACCCCAAGACAGGAUGCCUUCAGCCUGCUGAGGGACCCAGUCACAGGGGACCUGCCCUGGCCUGGAGUCUUAUUUGGGAUUUCUAUAGUGGGGAGCUGGUACUGGUGCACAGACCAGGUGAUUGUCCAGCGGUGCCUUGCUGCUCGUAGUCUGACUCACGUUAAGGCCGGCUGCAUCCUGUGCGGCUACCUCAAAGUGCUGCCAAUGUUCCUCAUGGUGUUCCCCGGCAUGAUCAGCAGAGUCCUCUACCCAGAUGAGGUGGGCUGUGUCGUCCCUGAGUUGUGUAAGGAGGUGUGUGGCACUGCGGUGGGCUGCUCCAACAUCGCAUAUCCUAAACUGGUCGUGUCAAUCAUGCCGAACGGUUUGCGGGGUCUGAUGCUGGCAGUGAUGUUGGCUGCUCUCAUGUCCUCUCUGGCUUCCAUCUUUAAUAGCAGUAGCACUCUGUUCACCAUGGACAUCUGGACCCGCAUCAGACCUCAGGCCACAGAGCGUGAGCUCAUUAUUGUUGGCAGAGUCUGGGUUCUGUGCAUCGUAGCCGUCAGCAUCUGUUGGAUCCCCAUCGUCCAGGCGGCUCAGAGUGGUCAGCUGUUCGACUACAUCCAGUCCAUCUCUAGCUAUCUGGCCCCGCCAAUCGCUUCAGUCUUCCUCCUGGCUGUCUUUAUCAAGAGGAUCAAUGAGACAGGUGCGUUCUGGGGUCUGGUAGGCGGCCUGCUGAUGGGUCUGUGUCGGAUGCUGCCUGAGUUCUGGUUCGGGUCUGGCAGCUGUAUUUUCCCCUCUAACUGCCCCUUCUUAAUUUGUGGGAUUCAUUACCUUUACUUUGCAAUCAUACUCUUCUUCUGUACGUCGGUGCUGGUGCUUGUGGUCAGUUACUGCACUGAGCCCAUAGAGGAUGAGCAUCUCCAUCGCCUGGUGUUCAGCCUCCGUCAUUCCAAAGAGGAGAGGAAGGACUUGGACUGGGAGCAAGAGGAAAAGGGGAGAAGAGCCCGGAAAGAGGCUGAGGACAGGAUGAGGAUGAAUAAUAACAGUGAAGUGGCUGAAGAGGAGGAGGAGAAGGCUGGGAUCUGUGGCCUGCUUGGCCGGCUCUGUGGUGGGAGUGACAGCAGCUCCCAGGUCAGAGAGCAGGACACGCCUGAGGAACCAGAGAAGCUGCCUGAUAUCAGCGAGGACCCGGUGUGGAAGUACACUGUGGAUGCGAACGCUCUCAUUAUGAUGGCUGUAGCUUGUUUUAUGUGGGGGUACUAUGCUUAGCAGUCAGACUUUAUCCAGUUAGGGGAGCAUGGUAAAUGUGAGAUUGUCUCUUGAUGUAAUUUUAGCUCUGUUAGGAUGAUGCGGUGGCUCAUUCUUACAAUGAAAAACAAAGCAGUGUUGCCAUCUGUUGGACAAUGCCCAUCACUGCACAGCAUCACUGACAGUUUUCCUUUAAAGCAGGGGCAGAACAGUUACUGUUAAAGGAUUUGUGUUUCUUUUAAAGUCUUUUUACAUUACAAUAACAAUUAAUUAAUCCAAAACUAUGAUUAGAUUAGAGAUUAAUCCUAAACUUGACUCUUCAUUAAAGCCAUGACAUAAUUGAAAGGCCUAUACCUGCAGGGACUCUCAUUACCCCCAUGAGUGUACUUUAUAGUCUCUGCCUGUGCUCUCAUUCAGCAUGAGCCCAAUCCAUUAAAAGCUAAACCUGAAGAACUUUUAGUACAAAAUGUUACAGAGCAAGGAUAGACUACACUCCCCUCUGCAGCACUCUCUCGUGGACCAGCCCUGCACCAUUCAUGAAGCAGUGCAUGAUGAAGUGUUCAGCGCAGAGGAUUUCACAUGUCCCUGAAUUAGAAUGAGCCUCUUGCUGUUUCCUCCAAAGCUGCCUACCCCAGCUUUAAAAAAAAGGCUUAAAAAGGCAUAGAUGCAAAUGUACCACCCGUCUUACUUCUCUGUAAGCUGAACAGGUUUUCAUUCUCCAGUGCAUUCCUCCAGUUUUAAAGAGCAUGUGUAAUGCAGUCCAAAGAAUGUUUAUCAGGUUAGAACGCCAUUACUGUAUACUGUUACAUUUUUUAUUCAAUCACUUGGUGCCUGCGUACAGCACUGCAAUAAAAGGUGUGAGAAGAGAAAUGAUAUUGAAGCGGAGUAAAAUGUAAACUCAAUAAAACCUCGAGUGCCAGAGUUCAAAAGA